AUGUUGCUCGUGAUGUUUAAAACAAGCCAUUUUUACUCCUGCCUGUAUUAUGACUUGCGGAAUUUUAUAUUUUACUGUUGCUUCAGUGAUGAACUACUACUGCAAGAGGAUGGUUCGGAUGUGAGCUGCAUGGCAAACGAGUUUAGCAAUGGGAUGCUUCUUGGGCAGAAUUUGGUUCCCUCAGAACCAUUUGUUGGGGCGAGAAGAUUCAACUGCAUCUCGAACACAAGUUCAAAUAUAUUGGUGCAAAGACCAAAUGGGCCGGUUCAACCAUCUUCAUGUGGAGAAGUCGGUGGCCCACCUUUGGCCCUUGGUCUGCUUGGUGGUUAUGGUCAACCCAUGACGAAGCCUUCAAAUUUUAUGCCUCAAUUCGUACAAAAUUCUCCGAGCCGUUUUGGGCAGCAGCCUGUUCAGCGGUUCAAUCAUGGGAGAUCUACAGCUGUCCGUGGCAGUGAAUGGAAUCAUGUUAAGGUCCAGGCUUCUCUUUCCAGCUUUAACUCCGGAGGUCCUCGUUCCCCUGGAAGCCAUAGCACGUCAUGGGGACGGAGGGGCAACCAUCCUGUCUCCAAUAUUCCGCCAACAUCUCGGGGAAGAAAAGACUAUGGAAGAAUUGCCUAA